AAGCGUGGUUAAUCAUAUUGAGGCAUCAAUUUGCUGUUUUUCGAAUUAGAAUUCACAUGAGUUCAAUACUACAAAUACAAUGCUGUCUUGUUCCUAAUAGUUUUUCAAAAAGUUCUUGUUUAGCUGCUUCAACAAUUGUUGGCAAGAUGAUAGCAACCUCACAGAUGACAGUUGGCUGUCUGGGGAUAUAUGCAAAAAAAGUUUUUAUAUAGAAUAAAAAAUAAAGAAAGAAAGGAAAGAGAAAUCCUUAAAAUAUGAAACAUUCAAAUGAAAUUUCUAAAGCAGCUGAGACGAACAUAAGAAUCGGUAUUGCAAAAUUUACUUUUGAAAAUGGAGAUAAUUACGAGGGAAAAUAUCAAAUAGAUUUUGACAGAUGCACUUUAGUUAAACAAGAUCAAGGAGUAUACAUAACUGAUAACUUUGAUGUAUAUAAUGGUACAUGGAACGAUGAUAAGUUUGCCGGUAAUUUUCACAUUCGAUACAACAAUAAUGCGCAAUAUAAGGGUAAUGUUGAUAGGAACGGAGCGAUGAAUGGUAUAGGAACAUAUAUAUUUCCCGAUGAAUCCUCGUUGAUAGCUUUAUGGUCGCAAAAUAAAUCUAUUUCAGAUGUCAUCUAUCAAAACCCCCUUGGAUAUAAGUGGAUAACCGAAUCAAUUUCAGAGAAUGUUUGUAUACUAAAAUUACAAAUUAUAAUAAGUUAGAUAUUAUAGCUUGUUACGUAAUUUUGUAAUUUUGCUGAAAUUUAUACAUUCUUAUUAUUUUUGUAUAGCAAGUUUUGUUUACAACUGGAAAUCAUUUUUGGAAUAAAAUAUGUAAAAGAU